AGAUAGCGGUGCUCGCCGCGAUGACGCGGAGAAGUUUGCCUCCUCUCUUGGUCCUCGCCGCGUUACUGAGCCGGUGCGGCUCUCAGCAGCAGCAGCAGCAACAGGCAGCGCCGCAGCAACGAGGGUUGUUUCCAGCAGUACUGAAUUUGGCUUCCAAUGCUCUCAUCACAACAAAUGCUACCUGUGGCAAAAGAGGUCCUGAAAUGUACUGCAAAUUGGUGGAACAUGUAUCUGGCCAACCAGCGAGAAACCCUCAGUGUCGAAUCUGUGACCAGCACAGUAGGAUCCCAAAUCUGCGACACCCGAUAACAAAUGCAAUUGAUGGCAAGAAUACUUGGUGGCAAAGUCCUAGCAUUCAGAAUGGGAAGGAAUAUCAUUAUGUGACCAUUACUCUGGAUCUUCGUCAGGUGUUCCAGAUUGCUUAUGUCAUUGUAAAAGCAGCUAAUUCACCACGACCUGGAAACUGGAUUUUGGAACGUUCACUAGAUGGUGUUAACUACGAGCCCUGGCAAUACUAUGCUAUCACGGAUACUGAAUGUCUGACACGCUACAACAUUUCUCCCCGCACUGGACCUCCAUCAUAUGCAAAAGAUGAUGAAGUUAUAUGUACUUCAUAUUACUCCAAGAUCCAUCCACUGGAGAAUGGAGAGAUUCACACAUCUUUGAUCAAUGGACGACCAAGUGCAGAUGAUCCUUCUCCAGCCCUGCUAGAAUUCACCUCAGCUCGCUACAUUCGCCUGCGAUAUCAGAGAAUACGGACACUGAAUGCUGAUUUAAUGAUGCUUGCACACAGAGAUCUCAUCGAAAUUGACCCAAUAGUUACAAGGAGGUAUUACUAUUCUAUAAAAGAUAUAUCCGUUGGAGGAAUGUGCAUUUGUUAUGGCCAUGCAAAGGCAUGCCCACUGAAUCCAGCUACAAAUAGAUCUUCUUGUGAAUGUGAACACAACACCUGUGGAGAAAGCUGUGAUCAGUGUUGCCCUGGAUUUAAUCAGAAGCCUUGGCAAGCUGGGACCUUCCUUGUAAAGCACGAGUGUGAAGCCUGCAAUUGUCAUGGGAAAGCUGAAGAAUGUUACUAUGAUCAGACUGUGGCCGACGGAAAGCAGAGUCUGAAUAUCCGUGGGGAAUAUAUUGGGGGUGGAGUGUGUAUUAACUGUACACAAAACACUGCAGGGAUCAACUGUGAAACCUGCAUUGAUGGGUACUUCAGGCCAAAAGGGAUGCUACCAGGCGACCGCAACCCGUGCCGGCAAUGUAAUUGCCAGUCCAUUGGCUGUUUAGAUGGCACUUGUGUCAAGGAUGAAAAACAUGCUUCAGGAGACAUGUUCCCUGGGUUCUGUCACUGUAAACCUGGCUUUGGAGGAGAGAGGUGUGAUCGAUGUGCAUUGGGUUACAAAGGCUUUCCGUACUGUGCACCCUGCAACUGCUCUCUGAAAGGCAGCUUAAACGAUGACCCUUGCCAAGGACCCUGCAGGUGCAAGGACCAUGUGGAAGGAGAGAACUGUGAUCAUUGUAAACCAGGCUUCUUUAACCUGCAGCAAGACAACCCCCAGGGCUGUGAAGCAUGUUUCUGCUCAGGAAUAACAAGCAACUGUGUGGCCUCUCACUGGACCUACAACACUAUUGGGGACAUGAAUGGCUGGUACCUGACAGAUGUACCUGGACACACAAGAGUUACUCCUCAGCAGGACAGCUUUGAUGGACCCCAGCAGCUUAGCAUCAGCAACACAGCAGUGAGGAGCAUUCUGCAGCAGAUAUAUUAUUGGAGCGCACCCAGUCCUUAUUUGGGCAACAAAUUAACAGCUGCUGGAGGACAUCUGAAAUUUACCGUUUCAUACGACCUCACAGGGGAAGAAGAUGCUGCUCAAGCCAUGCUUCAAUCCGAUGUCAUCAUAGAGGGAAGUGGCAUGAGAAUCAGCACAUCGCAGGAGGGAAUACACUUGAACCCAUUUGAAGAACAUACUGAAGAAGUGUUGCUGAAGCAUAAUUUAUUUAUGCUGCAUGGCACUGACUCUCCGGUCAGCAAAAGGGAAUUCAUGACUGUGUUGGCAAAUAUAAAGAGACUCCUUAUAAGAGCCACAUACAGCUAUGGGAUGAAUGCCAUCUACAGGCUGAGUGGUGUUAGCCUGGAAGUUGCUGAUCGCUUUUCAACUGGACGAAAAGAUGCAUCUGCUGUUGAAGUUUGCCAGUGUCCUCCAGUGUAUUCUGGUACCUCCUGUGAAUCUUGUCAGUCAAGGUACAGACGAGUGAACGGCACCAUUGUUGGAGGAAUCUGUACGCCAUGCACAUGUUUUGGUCACGCGGAGUCCUGUGAUGAUGUCACCGGAGAAUGCCUGGACUGCAGGCACAACACAGGUGGCCGAUAUUGUGAUAGAUGUCUUCCCGGUUUCUAUGGAGAUGCUACUAAAGGGAAACCCGAUGACUGUCAGCUGUGUGCCUGCCCACUGAGUGUACCUUCAAACAAUUUUAGCCCAACAUGUCAUUUGGACCAAAGUCGUGGAGUAAUAUGUGAUGAAUGCCCUGCUGGAUAUACUGGCUCACGCUGUGAGAGGUGUGCAGAAGGCUAUUUCGGACAACCUUUAAGACCGGGGGGAUCGUGCCAGCCUUGCCAAUGUAAUGACAACCUUGACUUCUCCGUUCCUGGCAGCUGUGACAGCUUGUCUGGAGCCUGCCUGAUAUGUAAGCCAGGUACAACAGGCCAGUACUGUGAGAAGUGUGCUGAUGGGUAUUUCGGAGAUGCUCUUGAUGCAAGGAACUGUCAACCUUGCCGUUGCAAUAUCAAUGGCUCAUAUUCAGAGAACUGCAACUCUAGGACUGGACAAUGCGACUGCAGGCCCAAUGUUGUGGGACAUCAAUGUAAUGAGUGUAAGCCCAAUUACUUUUGGGCUCCGGAAAAGCAGUUCUGCAUACCAUGUGGCUGCAAUCCACUAGGAUCCAUGUCAUUGCACUGUGAUGUGUCAGGGAGAUGUAUCUGUAAAUCAGGAUUCACAGGCAAACGAUGUGAACUGAGCAGGCAGGUGUAUAUCCGGAAAGAGAACCCAUCGGCCUCUCAGCAAAUCAGAGCACAUCAUCAGAGAUGGGGCUCCUCCAGUGCAAGUGGGUGCCCGAGAGGUGCUUUCAAACCUGCUUCUUUGCCUGGAACCUUUGGUGUACAGUCAUCCAGAGGCUGUGUUCCAUGCAACUGUAAUUCAUUUGGAUCCAAAUCUUUUGAUUGUGAUGAGACCGGACAGUGUCAUUGCCAGCCAGGUGUUGGAGGAAAGAAGUGUGACCGCUGUGCUCAUGGAUUUUAUGGCUUUGAAGAAGGAGGAUGCACCCCUUGUGAGUGUUCCCAUCUUGGUAAUAAUUGUGAUUCACACACCGGCCGUUGCAUCUGCCCUCCCAAUACCAUAGGAAAGAGGUGUGAUAAAUGUGCACCAAAUCACUGGGGUCAUGACAUUAUCAGCGGGUGCAAGGCCUGCGACUGCAGUGUAGCUGGAUCCCUCAGUUCCCAGUGUAACCCUGAUACUGGCUGCUGUUUCUGCCGCGCAGAAUUUUCUGGUGAUAAAUGUACUGAAUGCAGGCUGGGAUAUCGAGGCUACCCACAGUGCACUUCUUGUGAAUGCCAGAUAGCAGGAACUGAGCCACAGACCUGUGAUUCAGAAAUGGAAAGAUGUUCAUGUGCUGAUCAGACAGGACAAUGCACGUGUAAGGUUAAUGUGGAAGGUGUCCACUGUGACAGGUGCAAACCUGGCAGGUUUGGACUCUAUGCCAGAAACCCACUUGGCUGCAGCAGCUGCUACUGCUUUGGCCUGACAUCAAGGUGCAGCGAGGCAAAGGGGCUAGUCCGUCUGUGGUUGACUCUGAAGCCAGAUCAGGUGAUUCUUCCCCUGGUUGAUGAGAAUGUCCAGCACAGAACUGUCCAAGGAAUUAUAUAUCAAUAUCCAGAGACAAUUGCAAAUAUUGACUUGGUGAUGCAAGAUUUACACUCGGAGUCCUUUUAUUGGAGACUUCCUGAACAGUUUGAGGGACAGAAGCUGACGGCUUAUGGGGGGAAACUCAAAUAUGCUAUCUUCUUUGAAGCACGGGAAGAGACUGGCUUUGCAACUUAUAAACCCCAGGUCAUCAUCAGAGGGGGGCUUCCCACACGUACACAAAUUAUUGUCAGGCACGUAGCUGCUCCUCUGAAUGGUCAGUUGACAAGGCACGAGAUAGAAAUGACGGAGCAUGAGUGGAAAUAUUAUGGUGAUGACCCAAGAGUCAGCAGGACUGUGACCCGUGAGGACUUCAUGGAUGUCUUGUACAACAUUCAUUACAUACUUAUUAAGGCUACUCAUGGUAGCUUCAUGAGGCAAAGCAGAAUUUCUGAAAUCUCCAUGGAAGUUGCAGAGGAAGGAAAUGUAUCGGGAAGGACUCCUCGUGCCCAAAUGAUUGAGAAAUGUGACUGCCCAUUGGGUUCUUCUGGCUUGUCAUGUGAGACGUGCUCUCCGGGCUUUUAUAGACUCCUUUCCACUUCAGCUGAGAGACGACCAAGUCCAGCUUUAGGAUCCUGUGUCCCAUGUCAGUGUCAUGGGCAUAGUGAUAUGUGUGAUCCCGAAACCUCACUAUGUCAGAACUGCCGUCACAACACUAGUGGUGACCAUUGUGAAAGGUGUGCUCUUGGCUUCUAUGGGAUUGUUAGAGGAUUUCCUAAUGACUGCCAGAUUUGUGCGUGUCCUCUGACUGUUUCAAGCAACAAUUUCAGUCCCUCAUGUGUCAUGGAAGGAGUCAAUGAUUACCGAUGCACUGCUUGCCCGCCUGGAUACGAGGGACAGUACUGUGAAAGUUGUUCCUCUGGAUAUACUGGGAACCCAAGAAUCCCUGGUGGAUCUUGUCAAGAAUGUGAGUGUCAUCCAUAUGGUUCGCUGCCUGUUCCCUGUGAUCCUGUCACUGGACAAUGCACGUGCAAACCUGGAUCGACUGGCUGGAAGUGUGCAGGAUGUGAACCCCGGCAUGCUCGUGAAGGCAUAGCAUGUGUUUUUUGUGAUGAUGAGUGCACCGGAGUCCUUCUUCGUGACUUGGAUCAGCUUAACCAGAUGGCUUUGAGUGUCAAUCUAAGUGGGCCGCUUCAUCCGCCAUAUAAAAUGCUUUAUUCUUUUGAAAAUACAACCCAGGAAUUAAAGCAUUUACUUUCACCUCAGCAAGCACCAGAGAGACUCCUUUGGUUGGCACAGAAGAAUUUGGGUACCCUUGUGACAGAGAUGGAUGAGCUGUUGACAAGGGCGACCAAGGUGACAGCAGAUGGGGAGCAAACUGGACAGGAUGCUGAGACAACUAAUGAGAGAGCGAAGGGCCUUAGACAGUUCAUCAAGGGCACCCUCCAGGCUGCAGAAGCUGCAAACGAUACUGCUUUAAGACUGAAUGAGACGCUUGGAGUCCCAGAUAAGACCCUAGACAAGACCCUUCAUGAAUUACAGAAUGACGUUGACAAAAUGAUGGCAGAGCUCAGGAAGAGAAAAUUGAAUGUGCAAGAGGGAGCAGCCCAAGAUGAGUUGGAAGCAGCUGAAGCCCUCUUGAAGAAUGUGCAUAGGCUGUUCGCAGAGCCCAGGAAGAAGACGGAGGAGCUCAAGAAUGAAGUGCGAGACAAACUGGCAGACUACCAAGAUAAAGUUGAUGAUGCUCUGGACCUUCUCAGAGAAGCAACCAAUAAAAUUAGAGAGGCAGAUAGACUAUCUGCAGCCAACCAAAGAAACAUGACUGCAAUGGAGAAAAAGAAGCAAGUUUUAGAAGAUGGACGGCAGGAGGCUGAAAAUACUCUAAAAGAAGGAAAUGAUAUCCUUAAUGAAGCUAAUGACCUUGUAGAUGGAAUCAAUUCAGCUGUAGAGUAUGUGGAUGACAUUCGGGAUAGAAUAAGUCCACUGUCUGAUGAACUAAAGGAUAAAAUAGAUGAUUUAUUUCAAGACAUCAAAGACAGGAAUCUUCCAGAAAUGGUGCUCCAGGCAGAAAGACAAGCUGCCCAGCUGAAUGAUUCAUCUGCUAUACUGGAUGGGAUCCUUGACGAAGCUAAAAACCUCUCCUUUAAUGCCACAGUAGCCUUUAAGGCCUACAGUAACAUCAAGGACUUUAUUGAUGAAGCUGAUGGAAUUUCCAAAGGAGCUAAAGCUCAGGCCAAUGAAGCCAUAAGACUGGCAUCCGGUCCAGAAGGUUCAUUAAAGGAUGGUGCUAAGAAUGCUCUACAAAAAAGCUUCAGGGCUCUCACUGAUGCCAACAGGCAGGCAACUGAUGUUAAAGCAAAUGAGGAUCAUCUAAAAGGAAUGCAGAAUAGAUUGCAAAAUGCAGAGGAAAAGAACUCUGAUCUCCUGAGAGCUUUGAAUGACACACUGGGGAAGCUGUCAGCAAUUCCUAAUGAUACAGCAGCCAAGGUACAAGCAGUCAAAGACAAAGCCCAGAAAGCUAAUGAUACUGCAAAUGAUGUACUGGCUAGAAUCAGAGAUCUCAACAAGAAUCUCCUGGGCUUAAAAGAUAACUACAGAAAACUUGCUGAUGAUGCAGCCAAAACAAAUGCUGCAAUGAAAGAUCCCACCAAAAACAUUGCUGAUGCAGAUGACACUGUUAAUAAUCUGGAAAAAGAAGCAGAUCGGUUGAUGGAUAAACUCAAACCAAUCAAACAACUUCAAGAUAACCUGGGAAAAAACAUCUCUCAUAUCAAAGACUUGAUAAAUCAAGCCAGGAAGCAAGCCAAUUCUAUUAAAGUAUCUGUGGCUUCCGGAGGCAACUGCAUUCGUACAUACAAACCAGAUAUUAAAAAAGGAAGCUACAACACAGUCAUUCUCAAUGUAAAGACAACCGUUGCUGACAAUCUGCUUUUUUAUCUUGGAAGUAACAGAUAUACUGACUUUUUGGCCAUAGAAAUGCGUAAAGGCAAAGUGGAUUUCUUGUGGGAUGUGGGAUCUGGUGUGGGACGCAUUGAGUAUCCAGAUCUAACCAUUGAUGAUGGAUUUUGGUACCGAAUUGAAGCAUCAAGGACUGGAAGAAAUGGCACCAUUUCAGUACAGGCAAUGGAGGGUCCUAAAGCCACCAUUGUACCAAGCAUUUUCAAUGCAAUUUCUCCACCCGGUUACACCAUUCUGGAUGUGGAUGCAAAUGCCAUGUUGUUUGUUGGAGGCCUAACUGGGAAAAUAAAGAAAUCUGAGGCUGUAAGAGUCACUACUUUCACUGGCUGUAUGGGAGAGACGUAUUUAGACAGCAAACCAAUAGGACUAUGGAAUUUCAGAGACAUUGAAGGAGAGUGCAAAGGAUGUGCGGUCAGCCCACAGGUGGCAGAUGGUGAGGGCACUGUUCAGUUUGAUGGAGAAGGUUAUGCUACAGUGAGCCGACCAAUAAGAUGGAACCCAAACAUCUCCAUGGUCAUGUUCAAGUUCAAGACAUUUUCUUCCACUGCUCUUCUGAUGUACCUUGCUACCCAAGACCUGAAAGAUUUCAUGAGCAUAGAGCUCAGCGAUGGGCGUAUCAAAGUCAGUUAUGAUCUAGGUUCAGGAACAGCUUCUGUUGUCGGCAACCAGAACCACAAUGAUGGGAAAUGGAAAUCGUUCACCUUGUCAAGAAUUCUAAAACAAGCUAAUAUAUCAAUUGUAGACAUAGACUCCAAUCAGGAAGAGAGCAUAUCAACAGUUUCUACAGGGAAGCACUUUGGCCUCAACUUGAAAGCAAAUGAGCCAAUAUAUUUUGGUGGACUACCAACUCUGAGAGGAAACCUAAGUAUGAAAUCAAGGCCUGAAGUAAAUGUAAAUAAAUAUGCAGGUUGCCUCAAGGAUAUUGAAAUUUCUCGGACACCAUAUAAUCUUCUGAGCAGUCCUGAUUUUGUUGGCAUUACAAAAGGCUGUACACUCGAGAAUAUCUACACAGUCAGCUUCCCUAAACCGGGCUUUGUGGAGAUGCCGCCAGUCUCGCUUCAUGUGGGAACAGAAAUCCAUUUGUCCUUCAGCACUAAAAAUGAAUCUGGUGUCAUUCUCUUCGGCACUAGCGGGGUGCCUGUACCCCCAAGGAGGAAACGCAGGCAGACCGGGCAGGCCCAUUAUGCAGUGUUCCUGAAUGGAGGUCGGCUAGAAGUGCACAUCUCUAAUGGAAUCAGGGAUCCUCACAGGAUCGCCAUUAAACCGGAAUCUGGCGAGUUUCAUGAUGGCAGAGAACACUCUAUCUGGAUAGAAAGGCUCCCAGGGUUGAUUGCCAUACAAGUAGAUGAAGACCGAAGACAGUCUCAGAGACUCCCAUCAGAUCAGCCUAUUUCUGUUAAGAAGCUUUUUGUGGGAGGGGCACCACUUGAAUUUCACAUUUUCCCAAUUAGGAACAUCCCUGCCUUCAGUGGCUGCAUAUGGAAUUUGGUAGUCAAUGCUACUCCAAUGGAUUUUGCCCAGCCGGUGUCCUUUGAAAAUGCAGAUAUUGGCCGGUGCCCUGAUUUAGGACCACUGCAUGAAAAAGAGGAAGACGAUGAAAUUCACCGGUCGACAAUCUUGAUCCAUCCUGGGCCAGAAACAGAAGAGAAGAAAGCAAGUGCAACUUCCCCUCCUCCACCACCUUUUCCUCCUUUACCUGACUUGCUUGCUGCUGAAGUGAAGAGUGCCAGCGUUUCAGCUGACGUUGACGCUGUGACGGAACAUUGUGCUGCUGAUGUGGAGCCAAUUACCUUGGAAGGUGGCAAGCAAUUUGGCCUCUCGAGGAACAGCCAUAUUGCUGUUGCAUUUGAUGACACCAAAGUUAAGAAUAAACUUACCAUUGAAUUUGAAAUCAGAACUACUGCUGAAAAUGGGUUGCUCUUCUAUAUGGCCCGGAUCAAUCAUGCUGAUUUUGCCACCGUUCAGAUAAAGAAUGGCUUUCCUUACUUUAGUUAUGACCUGGGACAUGGGAACACAAGCACAAUGAUUCCCAACAAAAUCAAUGAUGGCCAGUGGCACAAGAUAAAAAUAUUCCGAAGGAAGCAAGACGGUGUCCUGGUAGUUGAUGGUGCUACAAACAGGACUGUUAGUCCAAAAAAAGCUGAUAUUUUGGAUGUUGUGGGGAUGCUGUAUGUUGGAGGAUUGCCAGUUAACUAUACAACUAGAAGAAUUGGUCCGGUUGUGUAUAGCAUUGAUGGCUGCAUACGACACUUUCAGAUGACAGAGUCUCCUGUGGAUCUGAAUAAUCCUACUUCCAGCUAUAAUGUUGGAAAGUGCUUUGCUAAUGCACAGAAAGGAACAUACUUUGCAGGAACAGGGUUUGCCAAAACAGUUGGAGCAUAUAAAGUGGGCAUAGAUCUACUAGUGGAAUUUGAGUUCCGUACAACCCGGACAAAUGGUGUUAUAUUAGGGAUCAGCAGCCAAAAAAUGGAUGGCCUUGGCAUUGAGUUGGUGGAUGAAAAUGUUAUGUUCCAUGUCGAUAAUGGUGCUGGUCGAUUCUCUGCCAUCUAUGAACCUCCUAUACCAGGCAGCUUGUGUGAUGGACAGUGGCACAGGGUUAUUGCACACAAAAUAAAGCACCGUGUGAUGCUGACAGUGGAUGGCCAUCAUGUAGAAGGUAUCAGUCCAAAUGCAGCUUCCACCUCAGCAGAGACUAAUGAUCCUGUCUUCGUUGGAGGAUAUCCUGAUGGACUCAAUCAGUUUGGCCUGACCACUAACAUCCGUUUCAAAGGAUGUAUUAGAUCCUUGAAGCUCACCAAAGGGACUUUUAAGCCACUAGAGAUUAACUUCAGCAAAGCCUUGGAGAUAAAGGGAGUUCAGCCUCUAUCAUGCCCUGCAAAUUAACAAGACAUCGUCCCACUCUGAUAUGGCCCUGACCACUUAAAAAGAAAAAAGGAGUGCCUCAGAUAUGCGCAGUACCUUCAUAAUAAAAAGGUCCCUUCCCAAUAUUUUGACUUCAGUCUGUGAUAUAUUCAAAAUGGUGCUAUUUCAAGGUGUGCUUCUGAAACAAACAUUUAAAUGAUAAAUAUUUUCCCCUUGGAAUGAAUAAAGCAGCAAGUUACUCCUGUGUGAUGUGUCAGUCUUUCCCUCAGUUUGAAGUGAAAUUAUUUACUAUAGUUUUGAGGAAUGGAAUUGUAUUUACACAGAUCCAUGGUUUUCAAGGGGUAAAGGGGGCUAUAGUGCCAUUUGUAUGGGUAUCUUGGGAUCACAACAGGUGGCUACAUGUACUAUGUACCCCACUUCCUUGCACUGGUUGACUGUGGUAGGAACCAACUGAGUUAAUGCUGUUUCCCAUGGGAUUUUCUCUGGUAACAAACUUCUCUGGGACCUUUGGGUCAACUUCUACCUUUCCUUUAUGCUGUUCCUCCGAAUCUGUGAACAGCAGAACAAUUUCAUGUUUUAUCUUGGUAGAAUGUUACAUAAAAUGGUGAAAGCAGAUGAGCAAAUAACCAGAUCACUGGAUUUUGUGGCUUGUCUUGUGACAUCCAAAAGGUAUAUGUCAUCCUCAUGGGGGCCAUUUUAGGUUUUGGUAGGAAAGACUAAGCUAUUUCAAUUGGGAGGGAAGCAAGCUUCCCAUAAAGUCUUACAGGCCUGAUCUUGGAU